UCAACAAACCAACUAACGAAGACGCUUAGCACUAGCAUAUUUGGUGUGCAAUAAUUAAAUCGGCGAUAAAGAAACGGAAUAAAUCGUGCAAAAAUGUUACAGUACACAUUUACCGACGAGGUAACUGAGUUUAUUAUCGAGAGAGUCCAUGCCGAGGAAUACCUGUGGAACCCAGCGAAUCCGCUAUACAAGGUGAGGCCCAUGAAAAACGAUUUCUGGGUGAAAUUGACCGAGGACAUUAACACCAAAUAUAAGCCAAGUACCCCAGUAACACAAGCGGAUGUGUGCAGAAAAUGGAACAACCUGAAAUCCUAUUACAAGUAUAUGUAUCAAAAAAGUGCACUUGAUGAUUGGAAGAAUAAAUCCAAGAUGGAUUUCCUGCUACAGUUGAUCACUGUCAAGCCUGGUCCAAAUACCUCUACCAGGAGCAGCGUUAGCGUAUGUAAAUUUGAGAUAUCGGACGAGAGUAGCUUUCAUACCGAAGACUCAUUCUACGCAAACGAUAUUGAGAGCCCGCCCGUCGUAACCGAGUGGGAGAAGGAAGAGGAGGAAGCUCCCGCCGCAGCAAAGCCAGCUUCGACCAGUUUCCCCGAUACGACCUCUGCAGCAAAUGCUGAAUCGCCGCAAGCGGCAAAAAGAGUGCGUACCUCCAAUGAUGGCGCCUUAAAUAUUACCGCAGUUAAUAGCAUAGCACCAGCUGCGGAAAGGAGCACGUCGGAGCCCAGCGAGUUGUUCCAUUAUGGCAACUUUAUUGUACAGAGCAUAACACGCUUGGAUCGGGAUCUCCAGAUAAAGGCAAAGAAACUAUUGACAAAUGUUGUUCUGGAUUUAGAGACGGAGCAAAUGUCAAGGGAUAUGGCCAACAAAUAGUCGUCUGUUUCCCCCCAUGUAAAUAUUAAACAUAUAAUUUUAAGUAAUAGUGAACCUUUCAGUUUUAAGCAAAAAGACAUUCUAAUGCGUUUUACACAAUGUUGAGUAAAAUGCAAGGACACAGCCUCAAUACGCAUCUUGAUAUUUUGCCUAAAUUGCAUACCCAAAUUGCAGUUCAAUGGCAAUUUAUCAAUCGAUUACGAAAUUACUUUUAUCUUCAUCACGCCAAAUGAGUGUGACCAGAGCAUGGUUAUGAAAAAAAAAUCAAGUAGUAAAUACCAGAUCGAUCUAAAAUCCCGAAAAGUUUUCACAGGCGCUUGGCACGGUCUUUAGAUUUUCCAUUUUAUUUUAUUCCCCCCGUUUACCCCCUAGAUUAAACCCGCGUUUAGAUUCCAAAAUAUAAUUUGCCAAAAGUUCAAAAGGAGUCCAUAUUUGAGUAACUGAAAAAUUUUGAAUUUACAAACUUUAAAAUUCAAAGAAUAGUUCAGAUUUGCUUCAGGUCGCAUUCGUAGAAUUUCUACCAACUCUCUAGCGCUUCGAGUCUCGAAGUAUAGAAUUUUGCAUCAGUAAACGAUAUAGCAGCGAUUCGGAGCGCCAUAGUUGCAGAACAAAUCCAAAAUCUUCUGCGAAUAGCUCAGUCUUGUUGGAUCGAAUUAAAUCUUCAUAGAGUCAUUUUAUCUUUCUACGUUCAACUUGCUUCCAAAUUUGUGCCAAUCAAAAAGUUUCACAACUACAAC